AUGAUUAUAGACAAUAAAACAAAUUACAAACAAUUCCUCAAACAUUUACCCACUUCUCUCAAUUUGAAACAUAUAAAAGAAACUCUGGACAGGGAUACAGCCUGUUGUUUGUUGGGCCGAAUCGCUGCCGAUAAGGGCUAUCACUGUCGGGCAAUGUUUUAUGAGUUUAAUAUUCAACAGCGAAACGCAAAUCGGGCCCAUAAUCGCAAACUUUCAUUUUAUGGAAGAGAUAAAAUACCACAUUUUGGAGAAAAAUUGAUGAAUCGGUUUGAAAAAUGUUUGGCAAAAAAGUCAUUUAUUUUUAAUAAGUGUUGCCAAUUGGUGGCCAAUGAAAAGUCAAAUAUAUUGAAACCUCAAUACAAUACAAUACAACACUAUUUAUAUAAUUUGAGUCAAAACAGCAAUAAACGGAAAUUUAGAUAA